AGCUGGUCGAGCCACAGUUUGUCGAAUGAUUCCUAGAAGAGAUACUUCCCUUCACAAAAUAAGCUUCUCUCAACUGUGCUUGAUUCCUGCUCCAAAUACACUGGGGAUAUGGAGGGGAAACCAUUCCUUCAGCUCUGCAGUGGAAUAACAAACAUUGUUGAAUUUGGGUGUGGCCGAUUUUGCCCGUUUGUGAUACGUAUGUACCGCCGUAUCCCCUCGUCUCUGGCCCGCCCGUCCUCCAUCAACCUGAAUCCAGUUCCUUUCUCUGUCCAGUUUCACGAUGAUCGUGCAGCCGCCCUAAAUCCAGGAACUGUCAUUCCUCGUCGUAUUAACGGAGUUGAGCGUCAUUUCUCCCUGUCGUCGGAGAAUUCGCCCCCCCGAUCACCGUAUGGCGGACGAGGUCUUUCCAGCCUACAAGCGCAUUGUCCUCAACAACCACAACCGAUUCGAGUCCCUCAUACGGCAAGGAGUGUUGAAGCCUGUCUUUCUCUGGCAUUUCCCCUUGUUGAUCGUGCUUCCCAUCGCUGCUCUCCUGGUGCCUCACAAGAAAGGCGGCUACUAUGUGCGAUCACUCCUCUUCGUGGCGACGCUGAGCCUGGGCGCUGACAUUCUCCGAUCUCGUCGAAUGCGACUCGGGGCCAAUGGAUAUAUGGUGGGCUUGAUCGUUAUUUGGUGGUUCGUGUGGUGCGCUACCCUCCUCUUCUUCAACGACCCUGAACACAACUUCCAGCGGAUUGAACGAGCACGGCAUACCAGCGGGAAAACACCCCACGGACAGGGAAAUGGCGUCGCCAUACAAGAGGGAAACCAGGGUCCCAAUCCAGGAAAUACGACAGCCGAAACAUUGGUCUGGCAGCCAUAUCCGCAAACAUUCCCGCAUCGCCUCAAUUGGGUGCUAGGUUUGGUAUUCAACAUGCGCGGACCCGAAUGGAAUUGGCGAAUAUCUUGUUUAGACCCGCUUCCUCCUCAUCUCGUUGACUCGGCACGACAUGCCUCACACCGACAACACAAACAACCACCCUUCCCGGGAGCCAAAUCCCGUGUCCGAACUGCCUUGACACGCUUCAUCAUAUCUUACCUAUGUAUAGACUUGCUCAAGCUGAUCAUGAUCCGGGAUCCGUGGUUCUUCAACGCAGUACCCACGCCGCCUCCAUUCCCAUUUAAUCAUCUCUCAGAAACCCCGGGCUUGGUCCGCGUAUACCGUCUCCUCUUAUCCGGCACCGGUAUCUUCCUUGCCCUGCAGUUCGUAACAGCCCUCAACCCACUCUUCUUCCUAGGGCUAUCGCUCGCAUUCCCAACCGCCUCGCGAGCACUAACCUCGGUCCCCCUCGACGCUCCCUGGCUCUACGCACCCCCAUUCGGCUCCCUGGCCGCAAUUCUGGAGCACGGCCUCGCAGGUGUCUGGGGCCGAUGGUGGCACCAGAUCUUCCGGUUCGGAUUCACAUCCACCGCAAAAUGGAUUAUAUCCUUCCUACCCAGCCAUCUCGCAGCCCGGCGCCGCAUGCGCCGAACAAUCAUGACCCUCGUCGCUUUCGGCAUCAGCGGCCUCAUGCACUCUGCCGGCAGUUACACGCAACUGGGCGACACGCAGCCCGUCUCGGGGACCUUCCUGUUCUUCCUCCUCCAGGCCGUCGGGAUCUUCGUGCAGGAGUUGUGUUCCUGGGCCGUGGCGCCGUGGCUCUCCGGAAAGAACUGCCCCCCUGCACCGACCUGGCUGUCUCGAGCGGCGAAUGCGGGGUUUGUGCUCGGGUGGUUGCUGUUCUCCGGGCGAUAUAUCGCGGAUGAUUUCGCCAGGGGCGGAAUCUGGCUGACGGAGCCGUUGCCAUUUAGUUUGGUGCGUGGGUUGAGUGGACAAGGCUGGCUUUGUUGGCAAAGUGCUUGGUUUGAGUAUUAUGAUGAUGGUACUUAUUGGGGGAGGGGAGUGCGUAUAUUAUAGGUAAUUAUAACCUUUUUUUUUUUUGUUGCAUUGCCUGGGUAUAGAUGUCUUAUCUUUUUUUUUUCUUUGUUUUAGAAUGUAUAUUUAUCUAGAGAUUUAAAGAAAGCUACUAGAGAGGGCGGGG